UGUGUCGUCCGGUGUUAUUUUUCUUGUUACGCGGUUACGGGUGAGUCAAUGAUAGCGGGCGGGCGGAUUAAGAAUUGCGAUGUUUACGUUUGCGAAUUCAGCAUUCCUGUUUGUAUCUCUGCUGGGAAUAGCCUCCAUCAGCCACGGCCAGCAAGAUCCGGUAGAACUUGAACGGAAGCUUAGCGCUCAGCUGAAUCCCGAUUGUCCAGAGGCAAUUUGCUCACCGAGUGGUACCGAUGUCACUGUGAUCCAUAUCCGGGCCGAGUCAGCCGUCGAUACGAUCCAUUAUGUUUGGGAUUUUACCGGAAAACCUACCAUAAUGGUGGCCUUAACGGGCAAGGACGCCAUUAUGAAAAUAAAAUGGGAGUCCUUCAUGAACGAGGACGGUCAAUCGGUAACGUUUAGCGAACAGCCACGAUACACAUUCAUGACCGUAAUCAAUCGGAUUUUCCAAUUCGAUGACAUUGGUGAUAAAGGUUCGCUGAAUCAAAAUUCCACCGUAUUCGUGUAUGAUCCUCAUGAUUUUCGGUGGAAUCGAACCUUGUACUGGCAUAAUGAAAAGGAUGUGUUAGCGGCCUUCAACGUAAACAAUGAUUUUAUAUUCAAGCUGAAUGCCUUCUCAAUCCGUAAUCAUGGUAUGGAUUACCCUCAUCUGCUGCAUUCAUCCAACUCGACCCAGGUUGACAUCGUGUUCAACAAUGUUAGCUCAAAGUUUUCGCAUCCGCGAUUUGCCAUCGAAUUGCUGUUUGUUGUGUCGGAACAAGCUGUUAUUGGGUCCGAUUUCCAGGUCACGAAGAGGAAGAGCUUGGACGAUGAGCACACGCCAGGAAUUUUCGAAAUAAUUGACGUUCUCUCGCCAGGGGCUUUUAAAUUUUCUACAGGGGGUUACAUUGAGUAUCGUCCUGUGUCGUACACUCACCCGGAACGUGACGUCUCAACUUCCACUGACACUCAUCAAAGUGAGCCCAAGUCCAUCGAAAAUCCGGCAUCGGUUUUGCAAUCCACUUUGGCAUUCGCGUUCCACGGGCAGCGUUUGGACUCACUCCUGGUCCAAGGCAUGAACAUCUCAUUUGGAUUAUCCGGGGACGGAUUUUACAGCAAAACAAACUACACAACGAUGACAUUCCAAGUAGGCUUCGGUCAGCCGCCGAUCGAGCAGUUGUCCGCAUUCGUGCUCAUUGUCGCUGGAAUCGGCAUUGGGGUGCCCCUCACCUUGCUCAUUUUUGGGGGACUGUAUGUUUGCAUCAGAAAGGUUAGAAAUAGUUCUGGAACCAGAGUUUGACUGAUUUCGAUAGUUGUCAUAGUAUCCAGUAUGAACUAUUGAUCUAGGAAAACAAAUCAUUAUCUAAAACCGUCUCAAUUACAGUUAUAAGCAAAUGCGACGACAUAUUUUCUUACCUAAUUUGUUCAAGGAUGCAAUAGUAGCUUGAAACCACUUGAAACGUAACAUUUUUCACAUCUGAAUGAUCUAUUCAAUCAUUCUUUUUUUUUUUUAAUAUGUUUAGAUAGCCAAACGCAUUUUUAUUUCGAGGCUACAGAAAGGCACGGUAGAAUUAAAUAUAACGCAAAAAGCUUGCGCACUAUAAUCUGGGCGCAACAUUAUGUUAUGGCAUGAAAAUCCGUUGAACAUAGUAUUAGUUUAAUAAUUAAGUGAACAUAGGAAACUGAAAGUAAUACAAUUGUGAUAGAAAAAACACUGGCACGGAUUGUUGGAAAUUUUAAUAAAGGUUAUUUUGUAGAGAAAAAUGUUCAACAAGA